AUGGACAAAAUCAAUUUCAUUUGGCAGAAAGCGCAGUCUCGUCUUGACCGCCAAGAAGCUGCUCAAAAACUACAGGUAAGGGCAGAGUUGAAAUUUUGAAAUUGAGAAAAUAUUGAAAAAUUCCAAAGGGGGGACCAAGCUAACUUUUUUUUCAAAAUUAAAAAAAAUUUUUUUUUGAAAUUAAAAAAUUUGGAUUUUAAAAAUGAUUUCAUAUCCUUCGGGCAUAGUUUUUAAAAAUUUUUUCAUGUCCCACCUUCUCCCCCCCCCCAAAAAAAAUUUUUUUUUCCAAAAAAAUCAGCUUGGUCCCCCCUGUGGAUUUUUCUGCCAAAAAACACAAAAAUUUCAAAAAUUUCAAUUUUAAUUAUUAAAAUUUUCAGGAAGAACUAAAAAAGUUUGACCAACUGUACGUGAGCAUCAAGCACGAACAACAACAGCAUCACAAGAAUACCAAAUCCGUAAGCGAAGCCGAUGACAAACUCGAGAAACUCCUCGAGCGCUACAACCUUGACGAAGCUCUGAAUGCGUUUAGAAUUGUGAGUUGGCUUGUUUUACAUUACUAUAAUGUUUUAUAUUACUGUAAUAAUUUGUUGAAAACUGGUUUUUCGUGUGUUUUAUUACUUUUGGAAACAUUUUUCAAAAUUUUGAUUUUUGACAUUUCGUCAACUUUUUAUUGGAAAAUUUAUUUUUUGUCUUUUAGUGUAAAUAAUGCUUAAAAUUAAUGCUAUUACACUUUUUAAGCAUAAUAUCACUUUUUUGAUUUUUGACAUUUCGUUACCGAAACUUAAAAAAAUCGACAAAUUGAUUUUAGGAUGUUAUUUUAUCUGUACUUUUAUUAAUAUUCACCUUUAUAUUUUUCAGAAAUACAAGCACGACUCAAAGAAAUUGCACAACACAGUAAACAAACCAACCCGCAACACCGACAACUUCCGCGACGUCAUCUUCUCAAACUCGCGUCUUCAGCAACUUUGGUCCAAAAUCAACCAAAACGACGAAGUUUCCAAAGCCGAGCUCUCCGAUCUCCAUCGUCAAUUCAAUGAUCUCAAAAUGAAAAUAAAAGAAUAUGAAAAGGUACAAGAAGACCUGGAAGAAGUUGAUGAAAACAAAGUUCAUGACACUGUGGAUCAUCAACAACUUGUGAAAGAACAUAAAGCUUUGAAUGGAGAGAUUGAGGACAGUUUUCAACAUUUGAACGCUGAGAUUGAGGCUGUUUUGGAGAAUCCAUUUGAGAAUGAAAGGGUGCGGAAGCUUUGGAUUAAGGUUGGUUUUAGCUUUUUUCUGAAUUUUAAAUUGCAAUAACUUUCUUUACAAAACAAAACAUUACAAAAACUUUGUUUACAGUACAAAAAAUGACAAGAACGUUCUUUACAACUGAAAAAAUAGCAAAAACUUUUUUUAAAAAACAAAAAACCUUAUUUUGUCGUAUAAAUUGUCACCCGCAGGCUGCGAAACAAAAUAAAGGCUGUUUGGUGGAAAAAUGGCAAGAACUUUCUUUACAAAACAAAAAAUGGCAAGAACUUUCUUUACAAAACAAAAAAUGGCAAAAACUUUCUUUACAGAACAUAAAAUGGCAAAAAAAGUUUUUUUGAAUUACAGGGUGCGCUAAAAGUUCUGUUACAAAACUUUACCGGUCGUUUUCUCGAUGUUUCGGUAAAAUUAUUUAAAUAAAAAAAUCGAUUUUUCUUCCAAGAACCAAGAAAAUUUCGUUAACAAAAUCAAAAUUUUUUUCUUUGUCGCCGCUCAAUUUUGUCAUCGAUUUUGUCAUCGAAUCGCUUUUCCGAAUUUAGCGAACCGAAAAGCGGUGGAAACCACAAGUUAUUGUGGAAUGAAAAACAUGUGUUCCACGUGAAUUCGUCGAUGUAAUGGGAUCAAAAAGCAGCGGAAACCCCGGGGUAUUUUCAGAAAUAUAAUCGUAUCAUCAGUUUUGUCAAAAACAAAAAAUGCUUUAGCGGGAGACAUGUUAUACGAUGAACUCUUUUGGAAACUUGAAAAUUUCUGUUUUUAUUGUUUGGAAAGAAAGUUGUUGCGUUUCUUGAUUUGUAAAGAAAGUUCUUGCCAUUUUUUGAUUUGUAAAGAAAGUUUUUGUCAUUUUUUGUUUUGUAAAGAAAGUUCUUGCCAUUUAAAACAAAUUUUAGCUUAAAAUAACGAUAAAUGCAAAAAUUUUUUAAAUAUGAAUUUUUAGUGCCAGACAGUACCAAAAAAAACAAAAUUAAAAAAUUAAAAAAAAAUUUUACUAACCCGCCCCUCAUUCCAGGCCAAGAACACGCCCAAACUCAUUCCAAACGAGCUGAAUGCCAUAAAAUCCGAGCUCCGUCACCUGGAUCGUCACUUUUUGCAACUACAACAUCAUGAUGACAUAAUGGAUGAGCACAAGUCGCUUCAUGCUAUUGAGGAUGAUCCGAAUUUGGCGUCGAUGACGGACCAGAAGGACAAGAUAUUACACAAACUGACAAAAUUGGAGACCUACUUGAACGAAAAGCUUCAUCAUACUGAGCUUUGA